GAGCCGGGCUGCUCGUGCUGGCGGUAAGGAGCAGGGGUGGCAGCGGCGGUGGAGCACCUCCACCCGUCGCAGUCGCCAUGAAGUCUCCUCAGGCCCAGCGGCCAGCGGGUCAAGCUCUGGGAGAAAACGGCGGCGGAGACCUGGCGGAGGCGCUGGGGGAGUUCGACGCGGUGCUGGCGGAGUUCAACUGCCCUGCCGGCCGGCGCCGCUUCUACUACGGCGAGCACUUGGAGCGCAUGAAGCGACGGAGCAGCGCCAGCGUCAGCGACGGCAGCGGCCUCAGCGACUCGGAGAGUGCAGAUUCACUCUACAGAAAUAGCUUCAGCCUCAGCGAUGAGAAGCUUAACUCUCCAACUGCUUCUACUCUGAGCCUGCAGUCUCCAUCAGUAACCCCAUGUAAAGCAAAGCUUGGAGACACAAAAGAACUGGAGGACUUCAUUGCUGAUCUUGACAGGACGCUAGCAAAUAUGUGAAAUGAAUCUUUGGUAUUAUGCUUGCCUAUGAAUGUCUUCUGAAGGAUAAGUGACAUCAGUCACUGAGAACUGCUGCCAUUGUCUGAUAACUCUGCUUCCCAACAUGCUCACCUUCUGAACAUAACCUCUGUGAACUCCAAGUAUUUAACUGGCAACAUAAUUUUUGUUGUUCUGCAGCAGUUGGAAUAAGAACUGAAGCAUUGCAGCUGUAUUUUGCUUUAAAAUAUAGCUCAGAUUUUAAUUUAAAGUUGCUUUUAUGAAAAUAUAUUUGUAAUUUUAUAUAGUUGAGAACUUUUAAUGCUUUUUUUUCCCCCCCAUUGUAGAAUAUUUUUGUAUGCAAAUAAACCCUAAACUGGAAUCCAGGUGUCUGAAAGCUUCAUGUAGACAUGGGAACUCUGAAAUGUAAGUAUGAAUUAAGCUCUCACUGGAAACAUCCAGCUUGAUAAUAAUCUGAUAGGGUUGUGUGUCCUGCUGGGCAAAAUAUAUGCUGGCUCCAUGUGGAAUUCCAUAUUUUUCUUUUCAACUCAAUUAAAUAAGACAAUUUUGUACCAUGUAAAAUUACUACAGUCAGGAAAACAAUAAAAUUGGUCAAACUUA